AUGGUAGUAGCGGCAAUUUUGAACUCAACUUCGUUCAAAGAUGAAUGGCAACUUUUUAGAUCGGAAGUGAGAACGAUAGACCUGAGGCGUUCCGGCAUAAAGGGCCCUCUCUUCGUUCAAAGACAAAGGGCAACAACAAGAGGAUUUUCGUCGGUGACGAUGGCUUUCAGAAGCAUUAAUGAGAUGGUGGUUACGACAGUUGUUGCCGGAAAAUCGAUGCUGGUGGCGGUGUUGAACUACAACCCACAUGGCAGUCUCACUUCGUCUCCGGUAAGAUCUCCGGUAGUUCAACAAGUCAUCAACCAGUUGCAACUUUUCUUCGCCAGACCUACAUCUCCUACAAAAAGUAACCCGCCUGGCAGUCUACACAUCAUUCCGACGAGAUCUCCGGUGGUGAAGUAUUGGGAAACAGUUGGAGUAAGACUGGAGGAAAGAGAGUUUCAACUCAUCUUCCUCUAUAAAACUAUCAUCUUCCACUUUCAUCCCCUCACACACUCACCUCAAAAACAUCAGACCACUGGAAAGCAAUCUGGGGCAUCAAGGAGAUCUAUCAUCGAUCAAUUCCCUUACAUCUCCAUGGACACGGAAUUCCCUGGCGUUGUAUACCGUCAAUCGUCGGAGCCUGGAAGAUCUUACAGGCAUCGCCAGCCAUCGGAGCACUACAAGUUUCUAAAGUCAAACGUCGACGCUUUGAACCUCAUCCAACUAGGUCUCACCCUCUCCGACGCUUCCGGCAACUUUCCACAAAUAGACGGCACUCACCAACGCUUCAUCUGGCAGUUCAAUUUCAACGAUUUUGAUCUCACGCGUGACGCCUACGCGCCGGAAUCGAUUGACUUGUUGAAACGUCAAGGGAUUGAUUUUGAACGGAACCGGGUAAACGGAAUCAACUCGGCCGAUUUCGCUGAGUUGAUGAUGUCAUCGGGGCUGGUUUGCAAUGAAUCAGUUAGCUGGGUGACGUUUCACAGCGCGUACGAUUUCGGGUACUUGUUGAAGAUCCUCACGCGUCGCCUUCUGCCAAAUGAGUUGCCGGAGUUUAUGGAGGCUGUGAAGGUGUUCUUUGGGGACAACGUGUACGACGUGAAACACUUGAUGAAGUUCUGUCGGAACGGGUUGUAUGGUGGGUUGGAUCGGGUGGCGAGUCUUUUAGAAGUGAACCGGGUUGUUGGGAAGUGCCAUCAGGCCGGUUCGGAUAGCUUGUUGACGUGGCACGCCUUUCAAAAGAUGAGAGACGUAUACUUUGUCGAUGUCGGACUGGAAAUGUAUGCCGGCGUCUUGUAUGGUUUAGAAGCUCACUAA